GCAAAAUAAGUGCGAAAAAAAGUGAAAAUAGUGCAGUGAAAAUGCUAGAAAAAUGCCGAACGAGGCGCCACUGGUGCGGGCGCGUCGAUUCCGCCAUCUUGCGAGCUUUUAUGAUUGUCUAUCUUUGUUGUUCCGGUGGCGACAGGAAGUAAAAGCGUGUUUUUUUGAAAAUUUUAGACGCCGGGCGACUUAUUAAAUGGCGUAAAAAUUUUCGGCAACAAGGGCGCAUAAAUCCGAAUAUCGAUGUGAAAGUGAGUGCGUGAACGGCCGUCCGUAAUAACGACAUCUUGUAGCACGAACGCGAAUUAAUCUGCGCCGAAAAGCUUGGAUUGGAUAAGUUGGCUGUGAGAGAAAAUCAAUUUUCCGGCAAUUUUUGUGUGAUCGUGCCGUCCGUUUUGGGUUGUCGUGUCGAUUUUCCGGAAGGGAAUGGUGAAAAAGUGCGACAAAAGUGCGUGCACAGUGGCAAAAUAAAAAUUGAUAGUGCAAGUUGUCAUGGCGGCCAAACCGUCGACCAAUGGGAGCGCUCGAAGCUUCGGUUGUUAGGUGUUCUUUUUCGCUUUGGGUAACGCGUCAUCCGCAAAUAUCGUCCCGUCCCGAUGGAAUGAUCGAUUCGGCGGGACACGGACGUUGAACGGAACGGGACGCUUGGAAUUCGCAUACGAAACGACGAGUACGAAAUGCGUUUCUCGGUCACGUGACGUAGCCGAUUAGUAUGGCGAAAAAUGACCGUGAGUCGUUUUCUGUGUGAGUUUUGACAUUCGCUUUGUAUACAAACGUUUGUUUUCGUAAUCCACCACGUGCAUUACGACGACCGAUUGACAGAUCGAAAACACAGAAUGUCAACAAGAGGUGUGAAGAAGAGGGGGCGACCCCCCAAAGUACAGGUUGCGGAACGGACGAAAAAAUUUCAAUAUCACUUGUUGAAAAAACCGAAAUAUUUGCAAAAUUAUAACAAGGGGUCCGAUUCGCAGUCGAGCACCCCGAACGCGUCGCGAGCCUCGUCCCCGCAGGACGACUCUAACAGGCGUAGCAACAGGAUCAGGGGUAAGGAUGGCCAUCGGGCGGGCAAACGGUCCGGUUACACCGGCUCUGCUUACCAACGUCGCGGCUAUAAUACAUCCUCUGCUGAGUAUCACGAUUCCGAGUACCAUUACGGGUCCGAUUUCGGCGACGAUUCCAGCGAUAAUAAGAGCGAACUUGAGGAUGAGUUGGCUGUGAGCGAGCCUGAAACGCCAGAGUCUGUCGACGGUGACGAUAGCAGUGACAGUGACUUCUCUCUCAGUAGUUAUAGUACUUUAAGUGGCACCAACAAAAAAGACGGCAAGUCUAUGCAACGGCCUCCGACUCCCGAGCCCCUAUGGCUUCAAAAUCGCGAAAUUCCACCGCUUAAUCUGCCCAAAUCGUCCGACGAUCUACUCGUACCCAAAGAUCGGAUCAUGGAGGUCAUAAGCAUCUAUGAAGUGCUCCGCCACUUCCGCAACCUGGUUAGACUGUCACCUUUUCGAUUGGAAGACUUUUGUGCAGCUCUAAUGUGUGAGGACCAAAGCAGUCUGCUAGCCGAAGUCCAUAUCAUGUUGCUCAAGGCUCUGUUGAGGGAGGAGGACUCACAACAGACACAUUUUGGGCCUCUUGAUCAAAAGGACAGCAUCAACAUUGCAUUGUAUUUGAUUGACUAUAUAACUUAUCCAGAAGUUUUGAGAAUGUAUGUGGAAAGUGACAAGAGUUUUGAUCAGAAGGUAUACAAUGCUCUCACCGAGAAUGAUUAUCCAUUCUGUCCUCUGGAAUGUCGCAUACAAGUACUACAGUUUCUGACUGACCAAUUCUUGACCACAAACCCAGUUCGAGAAGAUCUAUUAAGUGAAGUGCCGAUGCACUAUGACGACCAUUGUCGCGUGUGCCACAAACUCGGCGACCUGCUGUGCUGCGAGACGUGCCCUGCGGUAUACCAUUUGGAGUGCGUCGAUCCCCCACUCGUCGACGUGCCCGUCGAGGACUGGCAAUGUGGCAUAUGUCGGUCGCACCGCGUUUCUGGCGUCGUUGAUUGUGUCCUCGACGUCGAGAAGCAGGGACAGCUGUCGCGACAGGAUCACAUCGGAUGCGACCGGCACGGACGGAAGUAUUAUUUCUUAUGUCGAAGGAUAUUCGUAGAGAAUGAUGAAGGAGAGACUUGGUAUUAUUCGACUACGACACAACUAGAUGAACUGUUGAAAGUUUUGGACGCAAACGAUAUGGAGAUGUCGUUAUGUCGUGAACUGCAAGAGUACAAGGAAGAAAUUUGUCGUCAAAUGGAACUGACUGAGAAGUUGACUAAUCAAUUCAAAGGAGGAAAAAGAACUUACUUGGACUCUAUAAAUGCUGCAAUUCUGAAAUCCAAUAAAGAAGAAGAGGAUAAGCUUGAGGAGGAAAAGAAAGAGAAGAAUAGGCAAAACGCCGAAGAUAUGGUUGCUAAAAUGCACGAAGAAUUCACAGACAGUUUAUCUGGUGAUGGAACAUCCGUAGAAAGCACAGAAACUGUCACAACUACUACUACUGUUGAAAAAAAGAUUACAGCCACAGAAAAUUCCGUAACAGAAACUACCACUACCACAACAACCACAAGCACAGUCAGUAAAAGCACUUUGGAGAACCUGCUCGACGACGAUCCCAAAGACAUCGUCCAGAAAUCGAAAACUGGAAUAUCAACUCCUAAAACGUUCACAAUAGAGGAACUUCGAAGAAAAACUCAGUUAACAAUGAAGGACGACGAUGAUGUGUCCCGUAUGACGCGCCAAAAAUCGGUACAAAUCGCCAACGGAACUUAUUUGUACAAAUUGGGUAUGGAGAACACGUUUAAAUCUUACGUGAAUCAAUUCACCACAAAUAUAAUCGCCCUGAACAAGCCGCAAAGGAACGAGGAACGUGACAAGAAGAGACACCUGUCCCAUAAAUUCUCUCUGACCCAAGCAUCCGAGUUCAAGUGGAUGGGCGCAGUCAGCGGCAACAAAACCCUAUUGAUGAACACGCUACGUCACACCAUCCUGCAAUUGGAACAGGCGGUGCAGUCCCCGUUCAUGCACACCAAUUGGCACCAGCUCAGGAAACACUGGCUGCCCAUCAUCAACAGUUGCCAGAAACCCAAAGACUUCGCCAAGGCCUUGAUCGUUCUACAGGCCUGCAUUAAACCAGUUGUUUUCGCCAACGUUUGGCACGAGCAAUUGGGGCACAUCAAACUAGCCCGGAUAACCGCCAACGAGCGAGAAGAACGUAAAAAGAUCGAGAAGCGGGAGAAAAAGGAGCGUGACGAAGAGGAGGAACGUAACAGAAUGAUAAUCACCGGUUACGUUAAGUAUACGAUGGGUUUCAAACACCAGCUUUGGAAACAAAAGGGAGAGGAGUAUCGUAUUCACGGUCGUUGGGGUUGGCUGUGGAUCAGGACGCCGCGUAACUUCCAGCACGUCAACUCUCGUGAGUUGGGAUUAAGGUCUGAUCCGGAGAAGAUUGUAGUGCAAGUCGAAGAGAAAGGCGACAAGAAAGUGUUGGCUUUAGAUCCGGCAAUGCAUCAGUUUCUGAUCGAACAUGUUAAAGCAGGCAAGGGGGAUUCUGAUGUUGAGAUACCUGAUGCUUUGAAAGACUUGGUUGUACUGCCAGAACCGUGCAAUUUUGAAGAUUUGGACGUCAGCAAAGCUUUAACAACUACCAAUCGCGUAUUGUAUCCGAAGGUGGCCAAGAAAUCUAAACUCGACAGUUUACUACAACGACGAGUCCAAUUGAAGGUGCAGGAGGAGCGGAAAAUCGCCCAAAGUAAGGGCGACGACGGGGAAAAAGAAGACGAACUGGUAGACGUGGAGGGCGACGUGGAAGACAACUCCAGCGAAGGCCUGGACAAACAACUAAAUAACAUGCUCAGCGGCAAAGUGAACGUGGCCGCCAACAACGUUGUAACCCACACCGUCUCGAAUAAAGAACAAAUAAACAGCAUCGCCAAACGAAUACACAGUCUUCGCACUCAAUACGUGGCAGUAUCUCGCAUGGCGAAGGAUAUGCAGUGCUACAGCAAGGGAUGUAAUUCCUCCUCCAGCACUAAUAUUGAGACCAAUUGUUAUUCACCGAUGUGUAUGCAACGCAUACGUGUACGCAAAGAAUUACUGACGUAUUUGAGGAAGGCCAACGUAGCCACUAAUUCGCCCGGGACUUUAAAAAUAACGGUCAACAACAUACAAAUCAAGAAACCGUCGAUUUUGGAGCAAACGCUGAAGGCUCCUCAAAACGCUCAACAGACCACAGUCAAGAAAGAGGAGAAACUAACGAACGAGAGCAUUUGCAAAGGGUUGAUGGACGCCCUGGAAGACGCCGCUAAAGUCCAAGAUGAUAUUUAUAUUCCUAAAAUGUCGAUACCUAGGAAAUAUAUACCAGACAUGGUGAAGAUUGAGACUGUUGUUAAGGAAGACCAUGAGAGUGACUCCGAAGAUAUCGUAGUUGAUUCACCUGUAAAGAAAAAACGUCGUUGCAACGACGAUGAUGAUGAGGACGACGACACAAUGAAAUCCAUGACACCCGACGACAUCAAAGAAAUGAUUCUCGGCGGCGGUGCCAAGCCUGGAAGUGUCACCUUUACCACAACAACCACCACCACCGUUACCACGUCACAAACUGUCGUCGAUGGCGUUGUCAAGUCCAUGUCUGGCAGCAAGAAUACCACGGAUUCGGCGACGCUGUCUUCCACCCUCAACGGCACGGAAAAGACGAUACAAACAUUGAACGCAAAGUCGGCGGCGUAUAGUGCGCAACAAAAUCGUCGGUUCUGCGCUUACAAAGUCGGCGUAAAACGCGAGGAAAAGACCGUGAAAACAGAAACAGCGGAAGAUGGAACGCAACGGAUAUACUCCACACAAUCGACUGCAGGCAAAAUUAUGCUGAAAAAGAUUCCGAAUCCCGCGGAGCAGAAGAAGAAACGUCGACAAAUAAUCAAAUAUCCGACCAGUUCGACUUUCCAAACGCACAGGGGGACGCGAUCGUUGUUGGUGUUGUCGCAGCCGGAGGUACGAAAACUGGCACGCAACGCGGGUCGCGUUCAAGCUAGUGGUUAUCAUGCCCUUGCCAAACCGAACAACAGCGUUUGGCCGUAUCCAUGCGCCAGACCUUUGUUUAAAACCUGCUGGGUGUACAGAACGGUAAACCUGAAAUCACUUUCGGCAGCCGCAUUGCAACUUAAAAUACUGUGGGUGUGUCUGAGAUGGGAUGAUAUGCAAGCCAAACCAGCUAGUACUGACGGAAAACACCAGAUUACAACGGAAACGGAAAUUCUCUCUUUGGAAUUAUUAAAGCACAGACAUGUUGGUCAGUUCAUGGAAAAGACGCAGUACUUGCGGAGGAAGGUUGUAAUUCCUUUGGAACUGCCUAAAACGGUCAGAGAAGUGACGUCUAUCAGAAGUGGGUUGCGGAAGAGGAAACGACCGGAAUCUCCUCAAUCCAUGGACCCACAAGUCACCGAGGAAUGGGUGGACGAGGACAAGCUUGAACUGUGGGAAAUCAAGCAAUACGGAGAGAAGCUUGAGAAGGCUAAUGCACAAGUUAUUACCAGGAGCCGGACCGGCAAUCUGCCUCCGUCCCGCACCAUCUUAGAAGUCGGUCCCGGCACCACCGCAGUUGUUGUGGAUCCGGCCAACAAGAUCACUGUCAGCGGCAAGGCGUCCGCCGAAGAGAUCAAGGAGAAGAUGGAACAACAGCUGCGGUUGCAGCGGGCCGCCCAUCAGCAGAAGCGCGCCUUGGAAUUGAAGAAUUCACGCGGACAGAUUGUCGAGAUCGGCAGUACUGCCACUGGUACCUCUACAAGUACGUCUACUACCACAAAACCGACAACGACAAACACUCCGAUAGCACCAAAAGUUACAACCACAGUAGAUGGUCAGAUGAAGAUAAUCAAAAACGUUGUGUUGCCUAACCAAUCGGUUAUAAGCGGUAAAAACACCCUCACCUCGUUGUUGACAUCCAACAACAAAUUAGCCGGCAGACGGAUACUCAUGACGAAGGCACCGGACGGCACGACGAGAGUCAUGACUGGUGGCGCUAAUUUACUUCCAAAGAAUAUUAUUACCACUACAGGAAACGGUCAACAGUCGCUUAUUAAAGUCCAAACGACUGCCGGCCAACAAUUACUUCAACAAGGUACCGUAGGUACAACACAACCCACUCUAACAACGGCCGCGAGUCCGGCACCGAAAGAGGGUACGGCCGCGGCGCCACAACGCGUCCAAAUCAUGCGCACGCCAGACGGCCGCAUUACUGUAAAAGGUCUUCUCCCAGGGCAGCAGCUAGUACAGUUUCCGGACGGAAAACUGCAGGUGAUGACCCAGGCCCAAAUACGUGAGUCCGGUCUGCAAACCAAGGCGGUGGCGACACCUCAACAGACGGUCGCCCCGAAAACGGUUACGAUCAACAAGGCGACCGUUGCCGCUACGGCGGCCGGUGCCACAGUAACGACGCCCGCUAAGGCCACCAUAGUCAAGCAAGUGCUGACAACGCAGGGUCAGCAAACACCGGCGAAACAACAGACGGCGAUUGUAAAGCAAGUGGCGGGAACUCCUGUGCAGAAGAUCGCCACACAGGGUAACAUUGUUGUUAGUGGAGGACAGAUCGUGCAGCAGCAGAUGGUGUUACAGGGCAAUCAAAUUGUUGCGGCUUCGCCAGGACAACAGGUAAUUACGAAUCAAAUUGUGGUCAACAAUCAAAAUCUCGCUCAGCAACUUGUAUCGGGUAAAGUACAAAUGGCUUCAAUCAACGGUCAACAGGUUUUAAUCCGGCCGACGGGGAACAAUCAAGCGACAGUUGUCGCUCAAUUGACCCAGGCACCAGUGCAAGCGACAGGAGGUGUUCAACCCGCUCAACAAACGCUUGUCGCUACCACCACACCUACCGUCAAGAUGGUGACAAAACCGCAGCCUGUUGAACAGACUCCGACAAAGGCAGUCCCCGCCACCGAAGCAACUCCAAUAGAUCAAGCUACAAUGGACCAACUGUUGGCCGGACAACCGGCCGGCACAGUUAUCAAGUGCGUGACGGCGCAGGUUAUACAGACGCAACAGGGGCCUCGUAUCGUUCUGCAGGGUCUUCAAGGCGCCGAUUUCACCCAGCAACAGCUGGCCGCCGUGCAGCAACAAGUCAAACAACAACUGCUCAAAGCACAAGCAUCAACCGGUAAACAAGGCGUGUUAGGACCCACCAAAAUCUAUCUGGCGGUUCAGCCAAACAACGCGUCACCGGAAACCGGCGCCGAUUCGAAUCCUCCUCCACUGGCACCCGUGCAACAGUCGCCUGUCACUUCGACCGUGGCGACUACGACGGGACAGGUACAGACGAGGGCGACGCCCGUUGUUCAACAGCAGCGCCAGAUCGUCGUGAACGGGCAACAGACGCAAACGUCCGCGCUGCUGCAGGCGAUGAAAGUGAAUAUGGACUCGGCGACCGCUGUCACUGCGCAGGUGCCGCAGCAGCAGCAAGCACAGCAACAGGAUCAGAACAAGCAGUUCGUCGUGACGCCGGACUACAUCCAGCAAACCAUCAAAACGGCCCUCAAACAGGAGAACCUGAACCCGGAGAUCGAGGAGAAAUUGCUUCAGUUGCAGCGGUACCAGGAACGUCAGAUGAGCCGGGAACCGGACCACACGUCAGCGCCGGCGUCGCGAGUCUCGCAUCAGUUGCAGUCGGGCGGUGGUAACGGAUUGAACAGCGGGCCGGGCAGUGCGUCCCGUUUUGGCAACGCGACGCGCAAACGGACGAACAGUGACGACAGCGAUUGGGUGAUGGAGACGCCCAAAAGGAGUCGGCCGAGUCGUAGCAGUGACAUUCGUAAACCGAUUAUAGAACAUCAACAGCAGUUGAAAGAGAAGCUCGCGUCUCCGCGAAUCAGGAACGUAAUCCACAAGAAGGAAGUCGAGGACGACAGAAAGCUGAACAUUAGACCGAAAGUGAUGGUGAGUCUGUUCCGGCAGAAGGAGAUGCUCAAGAAAGACAUAUUAAAAAAGCGGGCGCUGUUGGAACGCGAACUGCAAGCGGAAAUACAGCGUGAGGUGGCAGAAGAGUUGGCGCUUCGGACGAAACAGGAACGAUCGCGGCAGGAGGACGUGCGAACUGGUAGCAGUCGACGGAAAUCGGCCGCCACGGCGACGACGGCCGUCGUGGCGCACCAGGCGGUCAAAUCGGCGGGAGGUCGACAGAAGCCGUCUCCUAAAAAGCAACCGGUGGGAGGUGGAGCCGCGACGUCGCCACCUCAAACGCAAACUGCGGAGCCUAAUCAACCAGGUCGCGGCGGCAUGAAAAAGGGCAAGCUGUAUUGUGUUUGUCGUAAGCCUUACGACGAGACGAAGUUCUACGUCGGUUGCGACCUUUGUAACAAUUGGUUCCACGGCGAUUGUGUCGGCAUUACGGAAAAAAGCAGCAAAUCGCUGACGGAGUUUGUUUGCAACGAGUGUCGUCAGGCGAGGGACACUCAAAAACUUUACUGUCUCUGUCAGCAACCCUAUGACGACUCACAGUUUUACAUUUGUUGCGAUCGGUGUCAGGAUUGGUUCCAUGGACGGUGCGUGGGUAUCUUGCAGUCGGAAGCGGAUAACAUAGACGAAUAUGUUUGUCCCAGGUGUCAAAACAACAGUUCUGUUAAUUUCGCCAAUAUGAAAGACCUGACACAAAAAGAUUUUGAGGGACUUCGAAAACUCAUCAAACAGUUACAGGCGCAUAAAAGCGCGUGGCCAUUUAUGGAACCUGUAGAUCCAACGGAAGCUCCUGAUUAUUACAAAGUAAUAAAGGAACCAAUGGACCUGCAAAUGGUGGAGAACAAAAUCAACGAUCAGACUUACUCAAAACUUAGUGAUUUCAUAGGAGACAUGACAAAGAUAUUUGAUAACUGUAGAUACUACAAUCCAAAGGAAUCUCCGUUCUUUAAAUGUGCGGAAUCCUUGGAGGCAUAUUUUGUGAAUAAGAUUAAGUGUUUGAGGGAUAAGUUGUUUGAAAACAAUAAGUGAGUGUAAAAUAGGAAGAUGAGGAGAGCUUUUAAGUAUAUUAAUUAGAUAUUAAGGAGUCUUAGAUGACUUUCAGCAGGUCUGAAACGAUCUCAACUUUAUAAAAUAUUGAAUGUAAAUGUUAAGAUCUGCUUGAAGUCCAAACAUGUAAAUAUUUAUUGAUUAAUUUGUGUAUAAUUGUGGAUGAAUUUCAUUUUUUCAUUUCAUUUUGUAAUUAUUGUCAUAUAAUUAGUAAACUCAUUCAGUUAUUUAUUGCAAUGAUUAUUUUAAAUAACGUUGAAAUUAAAUGAACUUUUAUUAUAUUUUUAUUUCUUAUAAUAAACGGUUUUCAAGUGUUUUUUAUGUACAAUAUUUUUGAGAAAGUUAAAGCUGUAGUAAUUUAUAAUAAUAUAUUAAAGAAGCUAUUUACAGUCUUAUGUAGUGCCAUUGUAGAUAAAUUUCGUAGAUAUUGUUUUAUUACUUAAUUAACAAAUUUUAAGUUUUGCACAUUAAAAUUUUUAUAUUUGGUCGACAGUAAAAAUGCCGACGGUUUAACAACAAUAAAUACAUUUACAAUAUUUU